CCAACGCCCAGUUUGGGGGCUUAUUUCAUGAGCAAGAAUUUGCUGGGAUUUCUUCUCGAGAGGAUUUGUCUUGGAUGAAAAGGGACUGGACCUCUAAGCUUGUUGGUGCCUCCCUGUCUGUGCUGUAGCAGUUUUCAGGAUGGACUCGUACCUGAUCCAAGUGAACGGCCCUGGAGGUCAUGCCCCUCUGCUGGAUGUUCAUCUCAAGACCAAUGGAAACAGCAUGUCACUGGGGAAGGUGAAGGGCCGGAAGCCAAGAUGGGCUGUCAGGGCUUCUGAAAUGUCAAAGAAGACUUUCAAUCCUGUCCGAGCCAUUGUAGACAGCAUGAAGGUGGAGCCCAACCCAAAGAAAGCUAUGAUUUCCUUGUCUUUAGGAGACCCGACGGUCUUUGGAAAUCUUCCCACAAAUGAUGAGGUCACGCGGGCUGUGAAAGAGGUUUUGGACUCAGGACGUUACAAUGGCUAUGCUCCAUCUGUUGGCUACCAGUCCUGCCGGGAAGCAGUGGCUGCAUAUUACAACUGUCCAGAGGCACCACUGGAGGCCCAGGACGUCAUCUUAACAAGUGGCUGCAGCCAGGCGAUAGAGCUUGCCUUGGCAGUGCUGGCUAACCCAGGCCAGAACAUCCUGGUGCCACGGCCUGGCUUCUCCCUCUACAAGACUCUGGCACUAUCUAUGGGAAUUGAAGUUAAACUUUACAACCUCUUGCCAGAGAAGUCCUGGGAAAUUGAUUUGAAGCACUUGGAGUCCCUGGUGGAUGAGAAAACAGCUUGCCUGAUUGUGAACAACCCAUCAAACCCCUGUGGUUCUGUGUUCAGCAAGAGCCACCUCCAGAAGAUCCUGGCAGUGGCAUCAAGACAGUGUGUUCCCAUCCUUGCUGAUGAAAUCUAUGGAGACAUGGUGUUUACUGACUGCAAAUAUGAACCCAUUGCAACUCUCAGCACCAAUGUGCCCAUCUUGUCCUGUGGUGGCUUGGCAAAGCGAUGGCUUGUCCCUGGCUGGCGGAUGGGCUGGAUCCUAAUCCAUGACAGGAGAGACAUCUUCGGUAAUGAGAUCAGGGAUGGCCUUCUUAGACUGAGUCAGAGGAUCCUAGGACCAUGUACAAUUGUCCAAGGAGCACUGGAGCGUAUCUUGCACCAGACGCCCCCUGAGUUCUACCACAACACCCUCAGCAUCCUCAAGUCCAAUGCUGACCUUUGUUAUGCUGCCCUAUCAGCUAUCCCAGGCCUGCAGCCUGUCCGGCCUGCUGGAGCCAUGUACCUCAUGGUUGAAAUUGAGAUGGAGCAUUUCCCUGAGUUUGAAAAUGAUGUGGAGUUCACUGAGCGGCUCAUCUCGGAGCAGUCUGUGUUCUGCCUGCCGGCCUCAUGCUUUGAGUACCCAAAUUUCUUCCGUGUGGUGAUCACUGUACCUGAGGAGAUGAUCUUGGAGGCCUGCAGUCGCAUCCAGGAGUUCUGCGAGAUGCACUACCAGGGUGCUGAGGGGGCCCAGGAUUUGGAGUGUGACAAGUAGCCACAGCCAGCCUCCUGCCUCUGCCUGGCUAGAUCUUGUGUGAGGCAGCAGGCAGGGCUGUGUCCAGUCAGCCCCACAACCCCCUGCCUGUAGGCAGCUGCUGUCCUGCUGCUUCACUUUUUUUUUUUUUUUUUUUUUUUUUUUUUGCUUCACAGACCCCCUAAGCACCAUGGAAAGAAGCAGACACUUCUCUCUCUUCCACUGCAGCUCCCACACCCUCUGGCAUCUGGUGUCUGUGGUCUCCGUAUACUCAGUAUCUGCACCCCACAGUGGUCCGUGCUGCCCAUGAACAAGCUGCAGGCAGGGACAUGUGGCUGAUCCUGCACCAGGACCCGCAGCUUACGGCCCUGUGUGGCCAGUAGCUCCCGUGCUGCCUGCACUCCCACUCUGGGGCAGGAGAUGGUCAUGGUCUCAGAGGACAAGAGACACUCACCCACCUCUCACCUGUCUUAACUUAGGAGGUCAGAGCUCUUUAUACCAAGCCCUUUGUGCAACAAAGGGAGUAAGUUAUUUUGACUUUUUUUUUAUUAAUAAAUGUUCUGAGAUGGCAGGCCCCAUGGUGUGCUCCUACUGUACCAGGUCAGGUCCAGGCUGCUGGCUGGGUCACCCUUGCUUGGCUGGUGGUACCCCAUGCUCACCUCUGUCCCUACAGCUGUCUGGCUGGGGCCUGCCCAGCCAUCAGCAGGGGCACAAGAAGAGCCCUUUGCACCUCAAUUGUGCUCAGCAGAUAGUCAGGGCAGGAUGGGCCCAGCAAGCCUGGCACAGGCUGGAGCCAGCCACCCCAUCCCAGUGACACCAGAGGCUCCCUGCAGUGGCUGGACCCCUCCUCACAGCCAGUCCUGCCUGCCACUGUGGGUUGGCCCCUAUGGCUCCCUGCCAGCAGAGCAGUGGGUGCUGGUGUGUAGGCAGUACCAGGUGCCAAUUCCUAGCUGUUCAAGGCUGAGGUAGCUGAGUGUUUCCUGCCACAGCAGUGAAGGGGAGGGUGGUACCACUGUGAAAUGCUUGCGUUGUGUGUGUGAUGUGCCACCUUGCCCAGAUUGCUGAUGACUGAGUGCGUAAGUCCCAUAAAGUAAGAAGGAACUGGUGGCCAGGUGCCUGCUUGGUCCAUGGAAAGAGGGGGCAGUGCCUGUGCAGUCACAAGAAGGUAAUGUCCAACAUACUGGCUGCUGUAGUCAGGGUCCUGGGGAGACAUUUCUCUUCACAGAGCAGCGAUAUGCAGAAUGCCUCAUGCUGUCACCUCCAGCUCUGUUCACCUGUGAGACCCACAGGUUGAUCCUGCCUCCCCUUCCAUGGGAAAAGUGAGCUAGCUCUGCAUUGUGUGCUCCCAGACCUCAUGCCAGGCUCUGUGGACAUCUGAUUGCCUUCUCCUGUCCUGUCCAGGACAAAAUCUGGGUACCAGUACUCCAUUAGAGGGAAGGUGUCUUUUUGAGGAAAAUACUAUAUGAAAAGAUACACAUCAGCUGAAUGUCCAGGCUUCAUCCUUUCCUUUCAAACAAAGCAAUCCUAGAACAAAAAGAGAAUCAUGCUGGGGCUGUGAGUUAAUUACAUGACACUUAGGAGAUUUGGGGCCUUUAGACCUCAAAAUAAAACCAAAUAACCUGAGCUGUUUAAGACAAAGAUUGAUAAAUGAUUAAUAGGAUAAUGUGCAAGGGGUCUGUUGGGCCAGGUGGACUUCACAGCUUAUUGUUGCUGCAGUUAUGCUGUUAUUACUAAUGAAUAGGUCUCAUUUUUCAGAGAAAGCUGCUCCUUUCAAAUCCCUCUCCCUUCAUGGACACCUUUCCCUUAAGAGACCCUCCAGAGAUUUCUGUUAACAUGCAAAUAAUCUACAGUGAUUAACAAUGUUCUGUUUCCUCUAAGCCCAACGUCAUUUGACCAGCAGCCAGAGACAUACACAUAUAAAUACCUUACAAAUCUCAAGACACUUAGAUCUGUCAAGGCCACUUCCUCUAUUGCCAUCUUUUGCAAACAUACCACUGCCUUUUGACCACACCUAAGUUUUCCCUGUUGUGAUAGCAAACUAACAUUAAAACACAAAUACGAUGGAAUCAUUCUCCAGGCAUCACAAUCACAGAUGCUUUGCUUCACGAUGUGGGUGUAGCUCAUAGCACUCUGCCAGCCAUACAAACAAGCCUAAGCUGGCAUCUGGAGGUUCUUUGUGCCAAUGAAGGCCCCUUCAGCAGUGAGACCAAGGAGAAAACUAAAACAAAUAUCUCAAGCUUCUCUUCCUCAGAUACCCAGACAAGAUUGGCAGUGCUUUGGUAGAAUCCUCCCAGUGCUUUUAUGGCUAAUGCAUAGCCAUACUCCCUGUCUUAGCUG